AUGUGGAAGGCGGCACUCUUGACAUUGGGCUUGUUGGUGGCACUCGUAGACAGGGUGCGCUCCAAUGACGGUCAUCCCUCUUUCUACGGGGUGAAACUGUGUGGACGAGAGUUCAUCCGAGCUGUCAUCUUUACCUGUGGUGGUUCGCGCUGGAGGAGAAGCAUAGGAGACUCAGCUCUUAUUGGAGAAGAAGUCUUUGACCCAUGGAACACAGAUCCCAUUCCUCAAUUUACCAGUGAGCGGGAUCCUGCAGAGUCCAAAACAUGGAAAGCGCAAACGUUGGAUGUGUCACCUCUGGCUGCUGGAUUCAGCCGCUCAGCUCGCUCGCCAAUCUCAGAGGAGGUGCUGGAAGCUCUACGGAGUGCGGAUAGAAAAGGACGGGAUGUAGUGGUCGGAUUGUCCAACGCCUGCUGCAAGUGGGGCUGCAGCAAGAGUGAAAUCAGCUCUCUGUGCUGA